CAGGCGCUUUGUAAAUUUAGUUGGUGGGUAUGGGGGCUUCACAAUUCUAUUUAAUAGCGCAACGCAGACUUCCAUUUGCACUAAUAGAAAGCUCAUUACCAUGGGUUGUUGCGCGUCAUUAUUUCAAAAGCCCCAACGGCAGACUCAGAUUAUCGAAAAUGCCAAUGGCAAUUCUGUAGACAACACUGCCGCCUCCGCAAAUUCCACAACCCGCCCGUCAACGAUAAUCACACCCAGAGUUGUACCAGUGCCGGUAUCCAAUAUCACUACUCCGCAUCCAGAUGCAUCAUUUCAAACAUCUGCACCACAUGUCCAGGUGCAGUUCGAUCUUCCUAUACCAUCCAAGACUGUCCAUGAAAAUCUUGCACCUGGAGCGGUGACUAUACCACAGUCGGUUACCCCUGGUACAAAUGAAGUACAGCCAGUGGCCUUCGAUGCGGACCCAUUUGCCAUUCCGUCUACUGCCAUCAGGAAGCAAUUAGAUCAUGCUACGUCAUCCGGUGGCUUGGGCGAUAUCUGGAGGUGCUCAAUGAUCAUCGAUCCGGCAACCUCUACUGAGGUUGCUGUCAAAACUAUAAGGAUAGCGGACAUACGCAAUGAACAAGCCGUAAAAAAAGCGAAAAGGAGACUUCGCCGCGAAGUAGCCGUAUGGAUCAAACUGAGGCAUGCGCAUGUUCUCAUUCUCUACGGCACGGUCUCCGGUUUUGGUCAACUACCUGCUCUUGUUUCUAAAUGGAUGCAUAAUGGGGCACUUGAUGGCUACCUGGAGCGCACGAGCCUCACCAUGGAACAGAAACUGAAGCUGUUGAAACAGGUGGUGGAUGGCUUGAGAUAUCUUCAUGAACAGGGAGUAAUUCACGGGGACCUGACCAGUACAAACGUUGUGAUCGACCGGGAUGGCAAUGCAUUUUUGGCAGAUUUCGGUCUCUCCGUGGCUCUCGCAGAGAGUGACAGAUCGUACUACAACACAUAUUCGAGUGGCGCUAUCCGGUGGUUAGCGCCUGAAUUGAUUGGCUCACCGGAUCCAGAAAGCAAUCCGGAUGACGAUGACAGCGAUGCUGACUUACCGAAACCGAACAGUCAGAGCGAUAUAUUUUCGCUCGGUUGCAUCAUGCUACAGGUCUUCUCGGGUAGACCUCCCUUCUGGUGGCUUAAAAAUGUUCGGCAGAUAUUCACUGCUCAGUCUAAGCGCGUAGAGCCAUAUCGGGUCGAACCCAAUGUGUCUGUUAGCAACCAGCAUUUGGAUUUCCUGCGGAAAUGUUGGUCAGCUAAGCCUGAGGCUCGUCCUUCCACUGGUGAUGCUGCUUCCUUUGUGGAAGACGAACUGGCAAGGGUCCCCUCUCCCCUGUCCGACUAG